CCAAACAAAAACAAGCACUUGACAACGAUAAACGGUUGUCGACAACUUACUGAGUACUGACAAUACGCGAAAACAGAUUAAAAGAUUAAAUAUUAGCUGUUGCACUGUAGUAACAUUGAACAGUAGACAGUAAUAUUAAGUAUUAUUAUUAGUUGUUAWAACUCGAGCAAAUCCUGAAAAUCUAUAAUAUUUAUUUUUACGUCAUUUUCAUUAUGUUCCCAAACGGUGUUUUAUAGAUUUUAGAUUUUUAAUACCAACUACAGACAAGAGAUUCGCAUACUCAGCCGAGGAGACAUGAUGAUUGCUAACUUCGUUUUUGCAUAUUUGGCUUUGAAUAGCAUCRGGACUGGCAAUGCGGAUGAGUUCAAAUGCCAGAAGUUUGCUGAUGGAUCGGUCUAUCCAUCUAGCACCAUUGAAUCCACCAAUCACAAAUUGCAGUAUACCAAAGCAUUGAUAUCAAAACCAGCGCCUGAUUGGAAGAGCACAGCUGUCAUUAAUGGCUCGUUGCAAGAGCUGAAGCUAAAAGAUUUUCGUGGGAAGUAUUUAGUGUUCUUCUUUUACCCAUUGGACUUCACAUUUGUUUGCCCAACAGAAAUAUUAGCUUUCAACGAUCGCAUUGAGGAAUUUAGGAGAAUCGAUGCYGAAGUAGUUGCAGCAUCAGUGGAUUCACAUUUUACCCAUUUGGCUUGGGUGAACACACCACGAAAAGAUGGUGGUUUGGGUAACUUAUCAAUACCACUGUUGUCUGACAUGACUCAUAAAAUAUCCAAAGAUUAUGGGGUUUAUUUGAGCGAUGUUGGUCAUUCCCUGAGGGGACUGUUUAUUAUAGACAAUAGAGGUAUUCUCAGACAAAUUACAAUGAAUGACUUGCCAGUUGGCCGAAGUGUAGAUGAAACUCUAAGACUAGUACAAGCAUUUCAAUACACUGAUAUGCACGGAGAAGUAUGCCCUGCUAAUUGGAAACCCGGUGAACAAACGAUAAUUCCUGACCCUAUUAAGAAGAAGGAAUAUUUUGAUAGACUGGUCGAAUUAUAACCCAUCUGUGUGGAGAUCUCUUAACUGCCAAGACAUAAUUAUUUAUAACUUAUUAAGCAUCACAAAGACACAAAUAUUAAAUCAUAUUUUUUUUAUUUUAACACAA